UGUUAGACUUAAAAAACAGUCGCCAGGAUUGAAAUCAGAGGAGCAAAAUUUGAAUUUCAACCAUGUUUAUAUUAUUUAAAUGUGCACCGAUUAGGGUUUUUGUUGAUAUUAUAGCAGAAGCUGAAUUUUCUUCGAUCGAAGAUGGCACAAGUGAAGCUCCAUGGAGCUUGGCCAAGUCCUUUCAGUUACAGAGUCAUUUGGGCUCUGGAGCUCAAAGGCAUACCCUACGAGUACGUAGAAGAAGAUCUCGCCAACAAAAGCCCUUCGCUUCUGCGAUUCAAUCCCGUCCACAAGAUGAUUCCAGUCCUCGUCCAUGGCGGAAAACCGAUCUGCGAGUCCACGAUCAUCCUCGAGUACAUCGACGAGACCUGGCCGCAGAAACCUCUGCUCCCUGCCGAUCCUCUCCACAGAGCAACCGCCCGGUUCUGGAUCAAAUUCAUACAGGAUAAGGACGCGACGAUUCGGAAGAUUUUUCUGGCGAGAGGAGGCGAGAGAGAGAAGGCGAGGAGAGAGAGCUUGGAGGUGCUGCGGACGAUAGAGGAGCGGGGCCUCGGCGGCGGCGGGAAAUUCUUCGGAGGAGAGGAGAUUAAUAUGGUGGAUUUGGCGUUCGGAUGGAUCGCAGUGUGGAUGAAGGUGUUGGAAGAAGUGGUGGAUAUGAAACUGUUGGAAGGCCAUGGAUUCCCUCGCCUUCAAGCUUGGGCCGAGAACUUCAGGGGAGCCGCCGUGAUCAGAGAUCAUAUUCCCGAUCAUGAUCAAAUGGUGCUGCAUUUCAGCCGCCGGCGACAGGAAUUGCUCCAAUCUGCAUUUCAACUAAUGUAAUUAGUGAGCUAUUCCAAUUAAUCACAAACCUUUUUAUGAUAAGAAAAUACGAGGGUUUGGAAUUCCAACUCACGUCCAUCUCAAAUAAAAUGAAUUCUAUCUCAAUUUUUUAAGGUA